AUGAAUGCGUGGGCUAUUCGUUGGGAGGGAAGGCCCUGCCCCCCUCCCCCAGGUUGGUUCUGUUGCUCUCAUCCCUUCAUUUCUGUCACUCUUCCCCUCAGGGUCAUAAGCAGAAUAAAUUGGACCAGUGCUUCUGAGUUCCUCCUCCUGGGGCUCUCUGAGAAGCCCGUUCACCAGCCGUUGCUCUUUGGCCUGUUUCUCUCCAUGUACCUUGUCACAGUGACUGGCAAUGCUCUGAUUGUCCUGGCUAUCACCUCCGAUGCUCGCCUCCACACUCCCAUGUAUUUCUUCUUUACCAACCUCUCCUUGACUGACAUAGCCUCUAUCUCUAUCACGGUUCCCAAGAUGCUGGAAAAUAUUUGGACUGAGAAUCAGACCAUCUCCUACAUUGAGUGCUUGACCCAGCUUUAUUUCUCCAUUGUCUUUGUCACGGUAGAUAACUUCCUCUUGGCCACCAUGGCCUAUGACCGUUACGUGGCCAUCUGCCGGCCUCUCCACUAUACCACAGCUGUGAGCCCAGGUCUUUGUGCUCUGCUGGCCGCCAUGUCUUGGGGCCUCACCAACUUGGUCGCUUUGGUUCACGUUUUGUUGCUAGCCCAGCUGCAGUUCUGUAGGGGCAACACUGUUCCCCACUUCUUCUGCGACAUGCCCCUGCUGCUACAGCUGGCCUGCUCUGACACUCACCUCAACCAGCUCUUGAUCUUGGUCUUGGGAGGCUCUGCCAUCCUUCUGCCAUUUGGACUCAUCCUGGCAUCCUACGUCCACAUCAUCAUGGCGAUCUUCAAGAUCCCAGCAGCCAAUGGCCGAUGGAAGGCUUUUUCUACCUGUGGCUCCCAUCUAACUGUAGUCAUUCUGUUCUAUGGGACCAUCGUUGGUGUUUACUUCCUGCCUUCCUCGACACACUUUGCUGGAGGGGACAAAGUAGCUGCUGUGAUGUUUAUCGUGGUGACUCCCAUGCUUAAUCCCUUCAUAUACAGCCUUAGGAACCAGGACAUAAAGAGGGCCCUGGGGAAACUGAGUUUCCGGAGGAGGCCAUUUUCCUUGGUCAGGAAAUGCUGUGAGCUGAGCAACUGCUAGACCUGGAGCAUGCCCAUCAGCAGGGGACAGCUUCUCUGAAGCAGCAUCUCCAGGUGAUAGAAUCUAGGCCUGCUAGCCCUAGAAGCUGCUGUAGAGAUAUCUUGGUUUGAUCCUCCCCUGCCAGAAGAUCUGUGUUCUCUAAUCUCCCUGGGCCUUUCCUUCACAAAGGCAAUCCUCUUCCUUUUCCUCUCUGAUAGAUUCUCUAUCCUCUCACCCCUCAAAUAUUCCAAACUUUCUCAUGUCUUCUUAAGCCUGCCACCCACUCAGCUGAGGACUGUGCCUCAGAUAACAUUGAAAAAAUGAAGGGACUAUGUAUUUGAGGCUAUGCCAGUCUAACAC